UUGGCGUGUUCAGACGUGGUUGGGCCUCUGUUUCGGCCAGUUUCGAGGCGAGAAGUGCAGCGUCUGUGUUUGUUACACGUGUAAUCAUAGCAUUCCUCUGGUUGCGGUGGCUUCGCGGUGCAAUGGCAAAUUCCAAACCUAAAAAGAGGGGUCUGUGGCUGAAGGCGACAUGGCAAAGGGAGGAGAGGAGGAACGUCCUGCGCAAGUGGCAUGCCCCCUACCACCGAAUGGUACGAACGGUCUGGAGUUGAUACGGCACGGGAUCUGCUGUCCAUUCGGCAGGACCAGCUGGCUGUCCAGCGAGAACUGCUGGCCACACAGCAGGGUCUGCUGGCCACCCAGCAGCAGCAGCUGGCAGUUCAGCAGGAAAUGCUGCUCGUGCAGAGAGAGGCAGUCGAUGCACUCCGUCGACUUGCAAGCAUAUUUGAGCAGUCCGUGGACACAGGGGUGUUGCCCUCUGACCGGAAAAUUAGCUGUAGAGGGACAAGCAGCAGCAAGUGCGCACCAGUCGUCCGCACUGACUUCGCUAGUGCUUCAGCUCGUCGGUGUGCAGAAUCUCCAUCCGCCAGCCGAAUAAAAACUUGGCUUGAUUCGAGCGGCAGCGUGUUCGCUGAACGGCAUCUGCUGUCUCUGCAGUCUAGAUCAGGAAUGAGGUAAGACUGCAACGGAAGCGGCUACGUAGAUGUCUGCAAGGUGAGUGAUGCAUGCAGCCAUUUCUUUGUUUGAUAUUGCGUUUCAAGAGAAGAUGAAGCUGCGGCAUUGUCUAAAGGUCCUGGUUUCUGCUUCCGCCUGGUCAACAUUGCUGCCCCAUGAAUCGUGUCUCAUCGACUCUUAUACUUUUUGCGAGCUGACGUUUGGGCUUGUUGCUUUGGAUAGAAUGCUAUGGUGGGCUUGGCCUGGAGCCAGCUGAAUGUCUUUGUCCAUGAAGCCAUAAACGAGGACAUAAUAAUAAUUUAUUGCAUAUGAACAAAGCGAGGUUGAAGUCAGACCUGCCUA